AUGUCUAAUAUACCAAAUAUUCAAAAUUUAUCAUUAACAAAUCUGAAUAAUAUAUCAAAACAACCACCAAACAAAAAAAAAACAGCUAAUGAUUAUCAGUUUGGUUCUAAAAUUGGUGAAGGUUCAUAUUCAACUGUAUAUUCUGCCAUAGAUAAAUUUUCAAAUAAAACGUUUGCAAUAAAAGUAUUAAGUAAAAAACAUAUAGUUAAAGAAGAUAAAAUUAAAUAUGUAAAUAUUGAAAAACGAACAUUACAUAGAUUAGGUCAACAACAUCCAGGUAUAGUUCAAUUAUAUUAUACUUUUCAAGAUGAAUCUUCAUUAUUUUUUGUUUUAGAUUUUGCUGAAUAUGGUGAAUUAUUAUCAAUAAUUAGAAAAUUUGGAUCUCUAAGUGAACAAGUUUCAAAAUUUUAUAUGUUGCAAAUAUUAGAUGCGGUUAAAUUUAUUCAUUCAAAAGGUAUAAUUCAUCGAGAUUUAAAACCAGAAAAUAUUUUAGUAGGGCAUGAUUUUAAUUUAAAAAUUACAGAUUUUGGUGCUGCCAAAUUAUUAGGAAAUGAUGAAAUUUUAAUUAAUGAUGAAAAAAUAAAUUAUAAUAAUAUUGAUAUAUCAAGUGAAUCUAAAUCUCAUGGUUCAUUUGUAGGAACUGCUGAAUAUGUAUCACCAGAAUUAUUAAAAUAUAAUAUAUGUGGAUUUGAAUGUGAUAUUUGGGCAAUUGGUUGUAUACUAUAUCAAUUUUUUCAUGGAAUUCCACCAUUUAAAGGUUCAACUGAAUAUUUAACAUUUGAAAAAAUUAUAAAUGUUGAUUUUACGAUUAAACUGAAUCCACCAUUACCUAUUGAUGUUGUUAAAAUUAUUAAAUCAACAUUAGUCUUUGAUUUACAAGAAAGAUGGACUUUGGAUCAAAUAAUGCUUUCUAAAUGGUUUAAUGAUGUUCCAUGGAAUGAUUUAAAUUAUAUUUGGCAUAGAAAAGUUCCAAGAUUUGAACCAUAUGGAAUUAAUUCACAUGGUUCAAAUGGUCAACCUCCAUUAUUGAAAAAUGGAUCAACGAGAAAUAUGAAUAAAUCAAAUUCAUAUCAACAAUUACAACAAAUUCAAAAUAAUUCAGAUUUAAAUUUUAUUCCUACAUUAGCUGCUAAAAAAUCAUUUAAACCUCCAACUACAAUUAAAAAGAAUAUAAAUGGAAAUUCAGGAAAUAUAGUAUCAAAUACAACAAAUUAUAAUUCAAAUUUUCAAGUUCAAGUCCCCCCACAACAACAGAUAUCACCAAGGAAGCCAAUACCACAACAACAAGUCAAUUAUACAAAUGGGCACUCAAUAAGAGUACUGCCCCAACAACCACCAAUGGCUCAGCAAGUAAAACCUCAGCAAUUACAACAACAAAAUUCAUAUAUUAAAUCACAAAUACAAACUAAACAAGUACAAUCUAAACCACAUGUACAACCACCACCUCCACCACAGCAACCAGUUGCCUCAAAACCAAGUCAACAAUCAAAACCUAUAAAUGUUGUACCAGAAAAUAACACUACAACAACAGCAGCAGCAGCAGCAGCAGCAUUUGCCAAUACUCAAGUACAUAAACCUAAAAAUUCAUCACCAGUAAUAAAACAAGAACCACGUAAAAAUACAAAUGCUAUCAAAUUUAAAGAAAUUUCAAGUUUAUUAAAUUCUAAUGAAAAAAUUUUAAAAAUGGAUACAAUUUAUAGACUGAUUUUACCAUCUACAAAAUGUAAAAACACAUCUAAAACACUAGAUGAUUCAAUACUAGAUCACCUAAUUUCAACAAAUGAAUCACAAUUGAUUAAAAAUACAAAAAUUGUAAUUACUGUAAUUACAAAUUUUGCAAGAGUAUUCUUCAUAGAUAUAAAUUUAAAUGUUAUGUUAAUUGAUUUAAAAUCAAAUAAGGGCAAUGAUUAUUCAAUGUAUGAUUAUGAAUUCGAAACUUCCGUAAAUGAUGAAGGAGAAAUUAUAAAUAAUAAUGCAUAUGGAUGGUUAAUAAUUGAAUUAAUUAAAGAUGGAGGUGAUUUAUUAUUUCUUAGACGAAUAAAAGAAACUGAAAGUAAAUUAAUUGAUGAUAUUAAAGUAAUUGAUAAAAAUAAUGAAGAAAUUAUAAUUGGACAAAAUCAUGGAUGGAUUGAUUGUCUAUUAAUAGCAAGAGAAAUAAGUAUUGAAGAAGAACAAAAUAAAAAACAACAAAAUAAGACCAAAACAAAACAAUCAAUGACAAAAAGAAAAUCAUCAAGCAAAUCAGUUAAACAACAACAGCCACAACCACAACGUAAAAAUUCAACAAAGAGUAAAUUUGCAUAUGCGGCAGCAGCAGCAGCUGGAAUUCAUCAAAAAUGA